CAGCCUGGUCACACUGGGCACUAUUACACGCCCGCGACGCAAGUCUCGCUGCUCACGCCCACGAGCCCGGUCAUCCUUCCUAAGUCAUAAAGUACUCUCGAUUUCCCAUUUGUUUCACUUUCACUCGGCCGCUCGAGCCUGCAUAGCGUCGGGGACUUCAACUCCGACACAGAUAGUUAUCCAAAAACAGAAAAAAGCCUUUCUGCUCGAGUUCUUGCCUCAUACGCCCACGACGCCCGUAUGCGAGGGCAACGUGUGAGACCGUGACGUCAUCGUGACGCCGCCUCAAGGCCGCCUUCGGGGGUGGAGCAGCGUCGGCAGGGCGCCCUGGCGUGGCACUGCACCAGCACCUGACCAGUCACACGCUGAGCCGCAUCUCCGACACACCUGGCGAGGCGUCUGCACGGCCCAUUCUCUCUCUGGCUGGCGCUGCGGCUCGGACAUACAGCCUGCUUAUCACGGCUCGCUCCUGCUGGCGUUCGAUGAUCGAUGCGUUGAAGUGCAACAGGUGUUGACUCGCGACGGCAAGCAAACCCGCCUCGUUUUCGCGCGUGUGAAGCUCCAUGCGUUGCGAACAUGUGUUGAAUGGAUGUUCGUUCGGUUUAACAGUGAUGACGGUCAAUAGCAUGAUGUCAUAAGAAUUCUGAAACAGUUUUAUGUGUUUGACAGUAUUAAUAGUAUCAUAGUCAAUACAGAAAACGUAAAAGCUUAAAUCAUAACACACUGAUUCCCGACUGAGACGUUCCGAUCCAUCAGUGAUUCAGUACAUAUAUUCUUUUAAGCCUUUUAGUUAUACACAAAUAUCAAACAUGAAUAUAAGGACAGUGAUAAUUCUGGUGUUGGCUUGGAAUGGCCUCACCUUCGCCACACAGCAACAGGAACUUCCCCUCACAGGAGACUCGAGCUUCAGAGAAAGACUUCAGCCAGUUCAGGGAGACAGCAUCCUCUCUAGAAUGACCAGACAGGCUGAAAGAGACCCCUACAUCUUCAACCUGUUCGAAGUCCUCCUGACGACGCUCGAGACGAAACUGCGCCGCGUCGAGAACAUGGACCGCGCCCUGGAGAGGCUGGUCCGGCGGAUGGACACCAUGGAGACGCGCCUGGCCAUCAACCUCAAUACCACGUCGCAGAUGGCCCACAUGCUCGAGACCCGCCUGGUGGACCCCAGCAGCUACCGAACCAGCAGCGAAGACACGGGCAGCAGCAACAGCAGAGGCAGCAGCGGCGGCGGGGGCUCGAGCACCAGCAGAGCCGACAGCCUGAUGGACCAGCGCCUGCACCUGCUGACGGAGCACGUUGCGAGGAUCGACAACAAGCUCUCGACCAUGCAGAAGGCACUCGACACCAACUCCAUCUCCGCCGCGCCCGACGAGCUCAUUGCAGCUGCCUCUGAGAGCUACCGCGUGGGCGUGAAGGUCCCGCGGGAGCAGAUACUGGAAAAGACGCCAGUCCUUGAUCAACUGCAGGAAUCGAUGGACUCCUUGCGCGAGUCCGUGAGCUCCAUGGACCGGCGGCUGCAGUUCCACAUGGCCUACGUCUCCGGGGACCUCGAGACGCUCUCGGGCUCCGUGCGAGACAUCCACGACGCCAUCCUGGAGGAGCAGCAGCCGACGCCCGACGCCACCACCGUGCCGCCGGGAAGCAAUAUGACCCGUCAGUCAGCGCCUCUGAACAAGAUCGACUCGCUCGUGAACAAGAUGUCUCCCAUGGAAACGGUGUGGGAGAAGAUGGAGGAGGUGUGGGACGUCGUGGUUGGCACCAAGAGCUCCGUGGACGUGCUGGUGCCAAAGAGCGAGGCACUCCUGAACACGUCGCAGCGGCAAGAGCGAGCGAUCUCGACCAUACAGUCCGACCUCACGGAAAAGGCCAAUCGCAUCAUCCAUAAUCUUGGACAGGUCGAGGAACGCCUGAAGACGAUGCCCGUGGACGGCAAACCCCAGCGGGACCACAUCAACCCAGUGUCCCUGUUACACCGCUCAACCCAAGGACACGUGCAGGACGACGCCCCCAUUGAGACAGACCCGCCGUUCGACCUCCUGGACCAGGCCUCCUUGCAGACCUAUUUAAUGGAGAGGAAUGUAACAGAUGCGCCCACGACCACCGAGAGAACGCCCGUGGGCCCCUCAGGGCUGGUGUUCCCCUCCGUGCAGAAGAAACCGGUCAUUCUCAACACCACGUUCAUGAUCAACGAACUGAACGACCAAAAGAAGCAAGGGUAUUCGUGCGGUGAUCUCAGCAAAAGAGGAAUGGUGGAGAGUGGAACUUAUUAUCUCAAAAUACGUGGAACUACUUACUGGUUCCUGAAGGUGUAUUGCGACAUGGACCUAGCAGGAGGCGGGUGGACGGUGAUCCAGCGCCGCGACGACUACGGCGAGCCUCGCGAGACCUUCAACCGCGAAUGGGACGACUACAAGCACGGCUUCGGAAACCCCGAGGCGGAGUUCUGGCUCGGCAACGAGAACAUCUACAUGCUCACCAACACGGACGACUACAUGCUCAGGGUCGAGCUCGAGGAUUUCGAUGGGAACAGGAGAUACGCCGAGUAUUCAACCUUCAAACUACACAGCGAGCAAGAAAUGUACAAACUGGAGAUUGGAGGCUAUUCGGGCAACGCGGGCGACUCUCUCAACGACCCCUGGUAUGGGUCCAAUCUCAGCCCAUUCUCUACUGUCAACAGAGACAACGACCGCUCGAGUCUGAACUGCGCGUCGAUGCUGAAGGGCGGGUGGUGGUGGCGCUCCUGCGGCAGAGGGCUCAAUGGCCUCUACCUCACAGAUCCCAAUGACUUAUCGGCUCGGCAAGGAAUCGUGUGGUUCCGGUGGAGAGGCUGGGAUUACACCCUCAAGAAAUCCGUGCUCAUGAUCAGACCCAAAUCCCACAGCAAAGGCAAUCAACAGUCGUAAGAAUGAGGAGGCGGGGAAAAAAAAAUAAAAUAAAAAAAAGAAGAAAAAAUAUAUAUAGAGGAAAAUGAAAUUCGGUUACGAGUAAGAACAAAAAUGUCUUUGGACUGAAAGAGAGUGAUAACUGGACUAUUUGAUGCACCUUUUGUAUCCAACUCGUGAAUUGUUAUUGAAAUAUUGGUACUUUCGAGGUUGACUUUAUCAUUGCUUGUAGGGGUUAAUGCAGGUGCAGAGAAAAAGAUAAAAAAAAAGUUGUAAAAAAAAAAAAGAUUUAGUUGUACUCUCUUUAUUUCUUUAACAAGCAUUGUAUACAAUACGAGUAAUUUAGAAAGAAAGAAGAAAGAAAGAAAAUAUAUAUAUGUAUAUAUAUUAUAGUUAUGUGCAAUAUUACUAUUUCUUUCUAAAAUAUUACCCAAACUUAGCUAGAGUCUAGUAUUCUGUAGCUUUAUAUAUCUCUUACCAAGAUUACUGGUUUAGGAUUCAGUGCUUUAAGUACAUUUCUAUAGUUUUUUCAUUUUAACUUGAUUUAAGGGAUUCGGGUAAAAUGUGUAGGAUGAUUGUAGGUGGUUAUAAACACAUUAUGAAAGUUUAGAUUACAUAACAUGUGCAUGCAUAUAUAUGUAUUUGUUAGUGGAUGCAUAUACAUGGCUCUAUAUCUUUGUCUGUCUCUCUCUCUCUCUCUCUCUCUCUCUCUCUCUCUCUCUCUCUCUCUC